AUGCAUUCGCAAGCCAUCUUCAAGCAUCUCGGGCGCGAAGAAAAUGCUCAUCGCUGGGCCUACCUGUUCAACGAGCCGUUUCUCGAGUAUGAGCAAUGCGAGACUGCCGUCACCCAAUGGAGCGCCUCAAAGGACCCUUUGUACUUUGCCGUCCUGUCAGGCCCCGCGUCGGACCCGUCGUCCGAACCAGUGGGCAUUAUGUCGUACUUAUCCAUUGUUCCCAGCCACAGGCGCAUUGAAAUCGGCUGCAUUAUUUUUAGCGAGCAGCUCAAGCAGACUCGGGCUGCUACGGAAGCCCAAUACCUCCUGAUGAAAAAUGCCUUUGAAAAUUUAGGGAACUUUCGGCUUGAGUGGAAGGCUAACCACCUCAACAAGCCCAGCUUGGCGGCUGCAGAGCGCCUUGGCUACGUAUAUGAGGGUAUCUUCAGAAAACACAUGGUCAUUAAGGGCAGACGCAGAGACACGGCCUGGUUCAGUAUCACCGACGAAGAGUGGCCAUUUGUCAAGGGCGGCCUGGAGGCUUGGUUGAGCGAAGACAACUUUGAUGCAAACGGCAAACAGCGAAAUGGCCUGAAGCAAUGCAGAGAGUCAUACAAGGAGAGAGACAAGUCAUAG